CUGACGGGCAGAGGCGGAACUCUCCCCGGUGACUCGCUCCGAGUCUGGCCGUGAUGAAAAGUAGCGAGGAGACGUCGGUCCGAGCAGGGAGACACCGGGAAAACGUGGAGAAGUGAUGAACUCGGCCGCCACACGCACACACGGCCGAUAAACCGCCCGCCGGAGCCCGGAAAACUACUUUUCUUCCGCAGCGGAGGCCUGCGGACGAUCCCCGGUGAAGCCCAGGAAGCCAGCCCGGGAGUUGUCGCCCCUCGCCGGGCGCUCGGGUUGCUGUCACUGCGGCAGGCUAGGCUAGGCUAGUUAGCACGCUAGGCUAACAGCCCCAGAAAACCUUGAACUUGUGGAAACUUUUAUUGACAUUAAAGACCAACGAACAUCAGCAGGGCGGGAUUUCAACAGACGCCCCGGAAACCACCGGGACGGAAAACAAAAAUAACUAACAUUUUGCGGUGCAGAUAUUAAUUGGACUAGCGGUGUUAGCGUGGCUGGAUAGCGGAGAUCAGCGCUUGUGCGACAGGCUGAGCCUCCGCCGCAGCGGCGGGGGAUCCAACUCCGGGAUCCGCGCUCACGACGGAGGGGCCGGGCGGACGGACAGCGCCGCUGUGGGACACGUUGGUGCGGCGUUUGGACGGACCCAACUUUCUAAUGCUGGGAGCCUUGUUGUCGUUAGCAUGGAGGCAGGGGAGCCUGGCAGCGGCAAGGAGCGGUUACAUAACGCCAACAGGUCGGCGGAGCAGCCGCUGAACGUCGCCUCCUCCUCCUCCUCCUCCUCUUCCUCCAACACCACCACCACCUCCUCUACAGCCUCCUCAGCCCGGCUCUGACAGCCGCACACUGCCCCAUCACACACACUCACACGCACACACUUACACACAUACACACUAACAACAGAACAAAAACAAUAACCAGCAGCAGAAGCACGAGAGGACAGCAGCAUGGAGGAGGAGUGAACCUGCAGGGACACAACAACAACACUGAGCUGAAGAUGGAGUCCAACACGCUGAUUAAUGCCAUGGACCCGUCCAUCACGCUGUGGCAGUUCCUGCUGCACCUCCUGGAGGACCAGCGGCAGCGGCACCUCAUCUCGUGGACGGGGGAGGACGGGGAGUUCAAGCUGCUGGACGCCGAGGAGGUGGCCCGGCUGUGGGGGCUCCGCAAGAACAAGCACAACAUGAACUACGACAAGCUGAGCCGGGCGCUGCGCUACUACUACGACAAGAACAUCAUCAAGAAGGUGAGCGGCCAGAAGUUCGUCUAUAAGUUCGUGAGUCAGCCUGACGCCUCGCUGCCCGACGGCGUGCGCUCCGCCGCGGAGGACGGACUGAGGCGGGACAUCGCCGACGCCAACAGCCAAACCAAAGGCCUGGUGGGCGGGGCCUCCACCUGUCCGUCAAAGGGCUUACCACAGAGGUCGUCGCCCGGCGUCUCUCAGAAGAGCUCCAGGAACGACUACAUGAAGUCCGGCCUCUACUCCACCUUCACCAUCCAGUCACUGCAGGCGCAGCCCAACCCGCGGCCAAUCAAAUCCGAGCUCCUGCUGCAGCAAGACUCCGCCCCCAAGAUGGACCGCACGCCGCGAGAGAUGUGUGUGUUGUCAGACUCCAAGUCUCCUCCCUCGGUGGGAGGCGCAGUGGACGCGUCUCUGCAGGUCAUCGUGACUCAGACGUCUCCAUGUCCGACUCCGGCUCUCAGUCCUCAGAUUCCGGCCGCCAGCAGCCAAUCACAGAAUCCUCCUCUGAGUGACCCCCCUCAGAUUUACCUGACCAACGUGAGCGACCCCUCCUCCCUCACCCCCCUCAUCCCUCUGGGUCCCGUCGGAGGUUCGCCGAGUCCAGUCCCCCCUCCCUCCCACAUGUCUCUGGGCUUUCAGCAGCAGCAGCCGCCGCCGCCGCACCAGGACGACUGCGGAGGAGUCGCCAACCCAGGCAGCUUCCCCCCGACUCACCCUCCGCCCGUCUUCGUCAUCAUCAACCCUUCUCCUCCUCAGCAGCAGCAGCAGCAGCAGCAGCAGCAGGUGGCGGCCAUGACGGCAGCUCCUCCUCCUCCUGCUCCCCAUCCUCCUCCUGCUCCUCCUCUCGCCACCCGCCCCCCUCCUCCUGCUCCUCCUCCCAUCGUCAUCAAGGAGGAGCAGCUGCCGUCGGAGGCGGAGCUGCUGGAGAUGGUGACCCUGGAGGGGAAGCAGGCGGAGGAGGUGAGCCACUGCUGCACCGAUCGGUCGGAGGUCCCGCAGCUCAUCUGCGGCUCGGGAGAAGCAGAGCCUCCUCUCACCAUCGUGGAGAGCCCGCCUCCCGCCUGCACCGAGCCCGGGGUGGAGGUCCCUCAGCAGACGCAGCCAAAGGAGACGUUAGCAGAUCCCUCCAUCCCCCCUGUGUCCAACCCCUCCUCCUCCUCGGCGGCGCCGCCUCCCGUCACCUCCUCCACGCCGGACGCCAUUCCUCCCAAGCCCAAGAAGCCGCGGGGCCUGGAGCUGCCAUCCUCCCCCUCGCUGCCCCCCGGCCUCUCCCUGGACAAGGUGAACGCAGCGGUUAACAGCCUGUUGGCUCCUGGAUCCGCCACCAACACGCUCACGCCAACCGUCAUCACCUCCCACGCACUGACUCCCGUCCUGCUGACUCCCAGCCCGCUGCCCUCCACCAUCCACUUCUGGAGCACGCUCAGUCCCAUCGCCCCUCGAUCGCCAGCCAAGCUCUCCUUCCAGUUUCCGUCUAACGGCAGUAACCAGAUCCACAUCCCCGCUCUGAGUGUGGACGGCCUCUCCACUCCGGUGGUCCUCUCUCCAGGACCCCACAAACCAUGAAGUGGCAAGAUGGCCGCCGCCGCUCACUGGACUGCGCCUCCUGCAGGGGGCGCCCUGACUUCACGGGAGAAGGUGGAAGAGGAGGAAAAAGCUCUCUGAAGACUUUGCCUCACUUCUUCCUCCAAACAAAAACGUGUGCUGCGUCUCAGCAGGAUUCGGAGGAGAAGGUGAAACCUUUAUUUUUCCCGAGGGCCUUGAAGGCAGCACAGACUCGUAUUUAUUCCGGCUCCACGUCGCUCCUCCCGUCUGGUUGUUUCCACGGCGACGGGCUUUGAAUUUGCUCCUCCCUCCCGGGCCACGGUUUAGAAACUCAGCCUUUUCUGCGGAGUUUGUCGCUUUCUUCUUAUUGGCCACUUUUCAGGCCCCGCCUUUCUCCACUUAUGCAUGGCCCGACAUUGGACGGACCCCUUCGAGGGGGGGAGGGGCUCAAGCCUGUCCGAUUGUAGAUUUUCUCACGGUUGUUGUCGAUGAACUGUUCUCUCUUCGGAGCUUCAUUCCAGACGUUCAGCGGGUUUCGGAUUGAUGAAUGUUUAUUUUUGUAUUCGCUGAAAGCCUCGGAUCGUCAGCCUGCAGGGUCGUUUCUGUUGCCACAAGUCUGAAACAGUCGAGCACUUAAAAAGAUGAAAGACGUUUUUCUGGUUUUCGUUUUGUUUUUUUUUAUUGGAGCCAUAGCGAAAAGCUGCAAAAAGCUCAAACACAUCCAGACUUUUUAGCACAAAUUAGCAACUUUUCAACAUUCAAGUUUAAGAUUUGAUCGUUAAGUAGCCAUUUUUGGUUUUGACAGCUGUUUUAAUGUGAAAGUAUGAUUUACUGUUUUUUUUUUUUAAUGUCAAUAGCUAUUUGAUUUUCUUUAAAACUCAUCAUUCUGUUGUAUAGUUUGAAGUUCUAUCCAUAAACAUUCUCGUAAAUGUUACUGUUUCCGCCAUCAGACGUCAUCAAACCGUUUAAAAAGAUGGAAAAUGUUCAUCGGCACCUUAAAAGUUUACAUUAAAGCUGCAGUCGGCGCAUAAGAAGUUUUCUUAACCCCUACAAUCAGAAAGUUCAAAGAUUUCCUUAAGUCUAUGACCGGCCUGUUUAAGUUUAUGUUAAAAUCUUCGAUCGUCAUGUUACAAGUUUACGUGGAAUUUACGAUCCGCGCGUUAGACGUUUUCGUUAGCUCUACAAUUGUAACGUUAAAAGUUUACAUUGAAUCAGCACUUCUGUUGGGAACUUGUGGCAACAACCCAAACCUGCAGAAACUGAAAAACUAUGAACGCACACUCAAGAAAACCAACUGAACAUGACUGUUGUUGUUGUUGUCGUCGUUAUCUCUGAUGCUAGCUGUGGUUGCCACGGUAACCUGAUCCGACUGUUGCCCACCUGCAGGUUGCUGCUGCUACUGCUGCUGCCGUAGUUGUUGUUUGCUGCCGACGCUGUAAAUGUCUUUUUAUGCUUCUGUGUGUGACCACGAGGCUGCUGACACACACACACACACACACACACACACACACACACACACCAAAAAGGAGCUGAGCGAGGCUGAAAUUCAGUGUUUGUAACAACAAGGAAAAAUCUUAAUUUCUAUCUGUCCCAUUAGUUUGUAUUAGGGGUUCCGUAUGUCUCCCUCUAGUGGCGAUGCUAAGAAUUACAGCAACAAUGUAGCGAGCCGAGAAACAGGAUGGGACGAUCAAAGAUUCGGGCUGGGACCUGUGCUGGAGUCUCUAGUGGCACCAACAUAUAAAAAUUCGUCAAAUUAUUAUCUAUUAAUGUGUAACGAGAGAAAAGAAGAAACUAUCGUUUUUUUAACACAUGACAUGAAAGCUUAAGGGUUUCACACACAACUUGGAUAUAUAUGCAAUACGAUAAAACAAAUGAUUAGAUCCGAAUUAGCAACUUUUUUUUGUGACGUUAGCAAAAAUCUGCGGGACUGAAAAUCAAAAGAAGGAAUGUGACCUUUGUCUGUGGAUAUUUAAGCAAGUUCAGCCUCCCAUCAGCUCCCGGCGGCGUAUUUUCCCAGCCUCUGCGGUGACCUUAACGCAGCACCAAGCCAUCCCUUGCUGGACUGUUCUCCCCCUACCCCUGCCCCCGCCCCGCAGCAUGACUCUAUUUUUCUACCAGAGGCGUCGUGUUUAUAUUGUGUACCGAGUUCAAAGAGCGACGAAGCCUUAAAGACGUCAUCGUGUUUUUAAAAAAAGACGAAGUGCGAUGACGAGCAGCAAAAAGCCAUCGGAGGAAAUCACCGCCGCUUGUUUCUCUCACCAGCAGAGCAUGAAUCAUGUUCUUCAUCCAUUUUUCAUCUGAAAAGAACAAAUCAUGUCCGACCCUUUAAAAGGUGAAAGGUUAGAAAUUCUGUUUUCAACAUUGGAACUUAGACACUUCUUUUUCCCUACAACUUAAUUAUCAUCUGGAAUUUAUUUUCUUUAUUGCUCUUUUUGAUUUGCGAAUUUUUGUUUUUGACAUUAAAAAACCUUAAUCAUCUACUUAUGUUUUUGAUGAGUAAAUUAAAAAAAAAAAUUCUGACAAUUUUUUUUUUUUUUUGCAACUUUUUAGUUUUACCCAUUAAUUUACUGCUUUAGUUUAAAAUUCUUAAACUAAACCAACUUUUGUUUUUAACAUCUGUACUUGACUGGUGAUUUCCCCCCCCCCCCCCUCUGAUGAAUUUCUUUUCUGAACUUUUUAGUUUUUUAAAUUAAAAAAAAACCUUUGUGACUCUUUGUUCUAAUGUUAAAACCUGAAUCAUCGGCUUUUAUUUUGGAGGUUUAAAUUGGACCGGCACUUUUUUCAACCAACAACGUUCUUUGUUUUUGGUGUUAAAGCUCAACUCAAACUCGGUUUCUAAAACAUUACAAACCAUAUGAAUAAACUGACGAACAGCUUUCGUUAAAAUGGUUGACAGUCAGCAGAUUCCAUGUUUACGGCUUAAAGUUGUGGAAAACGUUAAAGAAAUGAAGUCUGAAUCCUUUAGGGCCUGAAGAAAUGUGUGAAAGAAAAACAGUCUUAAUGUUUUGUUUUCUCUGUGAACUCCAUUGCGUUCAUUCAUGGAUCUGGAAGGUUUUUUAAAAGGUUUUUAAAGGAGUUUUUUCUUCCAGAGCUUUCUGUCUGUUUUCCUUCACAUCUUUUGCAAUUCAUUUUAUUCCACAGUGCUCCCCGGAUGAUAACCACUCUGCCACAUUUAGGACCAAAAAAAAUUCAUGAUUUUCCAACCAAAAAUUAUCUGAAAUAACCAUAGAAUAUUUCUUUGCGCAUUAAAAAAUAAUAUUCCAUAGCUGUAGUUCAUUGUUUUUUGCUUUUGUAUCAGAUUUUAUUUUUCUUAGAUUUUCUCCACUUUAACUGUGGAGCUAUUUAUGGCCGCUGAGCAUUUCAUCGUGGUUACAACAAGUUUAGCUACAUUAGCAGUUUUAACCAUUUCAGCCAAGUCGGUUGUUUUUCCUCUCCUACUCGUUGAACAGUCUAUUUUUAUCCUGGAGAUUUGGCCUUUUUGGCGAUCAUGGGGUGACGUGCGAUUGGCGUUGGGCCCAUUGUAACAGCUCCACCUUCAGGUCAGACGUGGACUUACAUCUUUGAUUAAAUAUAACGUUUUAUCAUGUUUUCCGGUAAAAUGUGACCAAUAUCAUCUGGCAACUUUGCGAUCAAACCCAGUGCCGGUCAUCAUAGAAAUGACCUGGCGUCGGGGGGACUCCGCGUCCCAUGAUGCUUUGCCAGACAGACAGACAGCCCUGGAAGCGGCCGAGCGUGUAGAAAUCUUCUUGUACAUAAAUCUAACCCGAGCGUAGAAGCGUGUGCGAGCAGAGGGCUGUUCCAGGCUCCGCCCCUCCCUCCGGUGGGAGGGGUUUAUUGUAAAGGGGCGGGGCCUGCCUUUAUUUUCCUGCCUGUUGCUACUUACUGGAAACAUUGGAGAGGAAAGAAAAGCUAUUUUUUAUGGACUUCAGAUUCUGUCGUGUAAAUGUUUUAUGGAUGAUUCCUCUUCUUUUUUUAUUUACAUGUUUACACACACACGCACGCAUACACACAUACACACAUGGCGGGAGGACAAUAAUAAAACUAUUUUGUUUGGUACAA